AUGUCUUAUCAACUUUCAAAAUUACAACAAAUAGAUGUAGUAAUGCUUUUAAAUAAUUUGAAUUCAUCUUAUAAAAAUAAAGAAUUCUCUGAUACAAAGAUAAUUGUUACCUUGUUAAAACGCUGGAGUUGA